ACGCUCCCCGAACUCAACGUUGCAGUUAUCGGGGCCGCCAACGUGGGCAAGUCCACGUUCAUGCAGCACGCCCUCGCGCUGCCGUCCAUUCCAUCCUCGCAAGCAGCCGAAGGUGAACUCCCGAUCCAUGGCACCACAUACCUCGUCCGACUGCUGAAGCUUCCCAUCGACGAACUCGACAUUGACGAUGACGAUACCAUCAGCUGGCCCGACACGAUUGAGGACAAGAUGAUGCCGAGGAUUGAUGGCGCGGUUGCAUUAUACGACGUACAGGACAAAGCAAGCAUUGAAGAGCUGCCCGAGGUGCUGAACGCCAUCUCGAAAGCUUCAGUACCCACAAUCCUCCUAUCGUGCAAGUGCGAUACUCCCGAAGCACAGCGCGAGGUCAAUCCCGACCAAGUCGAGCACAACGCAAAAAGAGCCAUCAGCACACUGAGUACAUUGCAGGUGUCAGAAGACAAGCCUGACAGCCACCAGCGUGGCAUUUUCAUGCUAUUGAAUAGCAUUGUUUCAGAGGAACAUCGCAGAAGUCUAUCAUCACGCCGCAGAGCGCAGACCAGUUCACUACGCCCCACCUCCUCGAACGCAUCUUCCACCAGGCGUGGACACUCUCGCGCGAGCUCCGAUUUGAGCGCGACAUUCUACAAAGACCAGCGACACUCCCGACACGACUCUACCGCGGACAUCCCACAAGGCCUGCCGCCGUCGGCGUCUGCUACUGCUUUGGUGGAGAACGGUGCCAGCUUUGAUGAGCUGGUCACGCGACUGCUGUCUCAGCCGAUCUCGAAGGCUGACGGCAAAUUUGCUGCCAUUUUCCUGGCCAUGUACCGAAAGUUUGCGGCUCCGGGAAGGUUGCUCGAAGCAAUCGUGGAGAAAUUUGACCUGCUGGAGCGAAAUGGCAGUGCGGCACUGAUGAGAUCAGUAACGCAGUUGCGCUAUGUCGAGAUUCUCGAAAAAUGGGUCACCGCAUAUCCUGGAGACUUUGCAUACCCAAAGACCAAGAGACGGUUAUUGACGUUCGUCGGAAAACUUGCCGAGACCCGCGUGUUUGCGUCAGCAGCGCGAGAGAUCAAGGCAGGUGCUGAAGUUAUCCACGCAGACGACGACACGCACUGGGCGUAUUGUGAUAAGGAUCGUGAAGCGAACUCGGAUCCGGGGAGGGCAUCGCUGUCUUCCUCUGCGAGCACCUUGAUCGAUGAUCCGUCAUUCACUUUCGAGCAAGAACUGAGCGGCAGUACGAUCAACGACGAUGUCAAGUUCGAGAACCUGCCCAAACUUCCCAACCAGAUGACGAUAUAUGUCGAACAAGCGCAAAGGCAGGCUCAGACACUGGAACCUAUGCCGCGAAUGCCUUUGACGAAAAUACAUUGGCGGAUGCUGAUGGAUCAUCCGGACGAGCUCAUUGCCAAGGAGCUCACGCGCAUGGACUGGAUCAUGUUCUCUGCUAUUCGCCCGCGAGAUCUCGUACGAGACGUCUCCUUGUCGAAGGAGCAGAAAGCUCGAUGCAAGAACCUCGCUCACGUCAACCGCAUCACUGAUCACUUCAACGUGUUGGCUAGGUGGGUCGCGAAUUACGUCUUACUUCGUGACAAACCCAAACACCGUGCAAUGAUGCUGGAGAAGUUCAUGAAGAUCGCGCGAAAAGUGCGGGAGUUCAACAACUACAGUGCUUUGGGCGCCAUCAUCGCCGGAGUGAAGUCCACCUCGGUACAUCGUCUCGGUCAGACGAAAGAGCUGAUUUCGCCGGCCACGGGCAAGGACUGGCUGAAGCUGGAGAUCCUGAUGGCGAGCUCACGCUCCUAUUUCGCCUACCGCCUCGCUUGGGAGAAUAGCUCUACCGAGCGUAUUCCGUAUCUUCCUCUUCACCGCCGCGAUCUGGUCUCGGCGGAAGAGGGCAACAAGACUUUCAUUGGAGACGUGGCCGACGGCCGGAUCAACUGGAAGAAGUUUGAGAUUAUGGGUGAAGUGAUUAUUGGAAUACAGCGGGCGCAGGGCAUGCCGUACAAGAACAUUGUGGGCUCCCAACAGAUCAAAGACUUGGUGCUGGACGUCAAGUUACUUGAGGAUGAAGAG